CUUUGGGGGAGGUUGUGGAGCAGGCUUAGGACUGGCAGGAAAUCAGCAAAUUCUCCCUGAGGCUCUCUUGAGUUGGUGCUGAACAUUGUUGAACAAUGCAUUUUUACUAAAAAGGAUUUAACUCUUUUAUUUCAGAUGAAUAAUAUUUUUCCUUUUCACUCAUGCUUCCAGGGGUCAACUUCAUCCUGUUUGCCAAUUUCCUGAUGUUUCCAUCUUAAAGCUUUUCUGGUUUCUUGUACAGGACCCUACAGUGCAUGCCUACCUCUUUGGGAAAGAUCCAACAGAACCUUCCUGAAGAGUUCAAGCAAGUGAGAAUUGAAAACUCACCCUUAUUUGAACAGCCCUGAGGGACUUUCAUCAACAUAAGCACCUUGGAGUAUCUUUGGUUCAACUUUAACAAUGUCACUGUGAUCCACCCAGGAGCCCUGGAGCAGGUAGAAUUGAGAAGGCUGAGACUGGAGGGGAAAAAACUCUGUUCAGUACCGUGGACAGCGUUCUGCGUCACCCCCUUUCCUAAAACGGUCUUGGACAUCAAACACAACAGGACUGAUGUGCUCCCUGAGCUGGCGCUUCAGUUCCUGGUCAUCCUGACCUACCUUGACCUAUCCUCCAACAGGCUGACAAUGGUAUCCAAGAGUGUCUUCCUGAACUGACCUGCCUACCAGAAAGGCCAGCAGGCUGGCUAUGGGGCCGAACUUCUUUCCCGCAUGGUGCUGGCUCUGCACAACAACCCCUGGGCAUGUGGCUGUCACCUAAGGGGACUUGUCCAGUUUGUCAGGUCCAUCAGCCUACCAGUCAUCCUAGUCAAUUCCUACCUAAUGUGCUGGGGUCCGCUCUCCAAGGCAGGGCAGUUUUUUCAUGAAGCUGAGCUCUGUGGUUGUAUGAAGUCACAGAUAUGACUGAGCUUCCUCCCACCACUCUCUAAUGUGGCAGGACUUGGCACGGUCUCACCCCCCUCCCCCCUCAGGUGGGAACUCCUCCCGCAUUGACCACAUCUGCUGGUCCCUGAGGUUUGGCCACCCGUCCC